GAAUUAACAAUUGGUAUCAGAGCAAAGGCUCCAAUUUGAAGAUUUAACCACCUAGCAGUUGAUUAGGGAUGGUUCAAUUUCAAGCUUCUCAACCACUUGAAGGUUUGUCUACCACCAAGCCUCCUUUCUUUGAUGGUACUAAUUAUAAUUAUUGGAAGAAUAGGAUGAAGGUCUUAAUGUUUGCGAAUGUGCCCAAGGCAUGGAUUGUGACUAUGAAAGGUCCAUAUGUGCCUAUGAAAGUAGUUGGGGAAAGUGAGCUGCCAAAGGAAGAAGUUGAAUGGAAUGAUGAAGACUUGGUGAAGAUCAUGAUCAACAACAAAGCAAUCAACAUUCUUCAAUGUGCUCUCAAUCCAACAAAAUUCCAUAGAGUAUCUGGAUGGGAUACGACCAAGGAGAUGUGGGACAUGUUGGAGAUGAAACCGGAGGAGAGCAUUCAAGAUAUGUAUACAAGAUUGAAUGAUAUAGUCACCAAUCUCAAGGCUCUUAGUAAAGUCUAUCCUUCUAAAGAAGUGCUUGAAGAUCUCAUUGGAAAAUUGAUGACAUAUGAAAUAGAAGUUCAAGUUGAUGGUGGAGUUGAAGUAGUUGAGAAGAAGAAGAAGAAUGUUGCUUUCAAGGCUAACAACCAAAAGGAAGAGAGUGAAGAUGAUGCUAGCAAUGAGGAGGACAUCACCAAAUUAGUUUCAAAGGAAGUAGGAAAACCAAGCAAGAAGCAUAUCAAAUGCUAUGAGUGCAAUAAGAUGGGGCAUUAUAGAGAUGAAUGCUCUCAAUUGAAGAAGGGUGAAAGGAAAAACAAGAAUAGCAUGAAGAAGAAAACUUUUACCGCCACUUGGAGCAAGGAUGACACUAGCUCAAUGGAAAGUGAAAGCACCUUGGAGAAUGGUAUUGCAAAUCUUUGCUUCAUGGCUCAAGAGGAUAGCAACAAUGAUGAGGAGAAUGAGAAGCCUAGUAAUGCUUUGAAAAAGGAAAAUGAGGAUGCAAAGAAGGAAAAUGAGGAUUUAAAGAAGAAAAAUGAGGUUUUAAAGAGAAAAGCGUGUGAUCUUGAGAAUGUGAUUUCCAAAUUUACUGAGUAAAGAAAAAUUUGAUUCUAUCUUAAAAUCUCAAAGAAGUAUUUAUGACAAAAGGGGCAUUGGAUUUGAUUAUUCUAAAAAGCAAAAGACUUUUAAGAAUUCUUUUGUGAAAGCAAGUCAAUCCUCUCAUCCUAAUGUUACUUGCUAUUGUUGUGGUGCAAAGGGACACUUUGCCUAUGUAUAUCCUUUGAAGAGAUUGAUAGCUCAACAUAAAGUCAAGCAAAUUUG